CCAGAUUUGAAAACUCGCAUGGAGAGCCGGGAGGUGGCGGAGGAGAAGGAGCCGAGCGGCGGCGGCUGGGAGACGCCCAAGCGAUGGGAGUGUCGCAUCCCGGCGGCCCUCCGAUGCCCUCCGCCUCCAAGGAAGAAGCGCCACGCCCCUCCGCUCGUCGGAACGCGUAGGGUUCCGCCGAGGAACAGCUACUUCGACCCGCCGGAUCUCGAGGCCCUCUUCGCCAUGGCAACGAGGCGAGAGGCUUGCGCUUAGUCAGCUUGUUAAAAGUUUAGGAUUUGAAAUAGGGUUCCCCUUUCUUGUACAAUCAAUGCUCCGUUUCCUGCUCUCUCUUGGUGUGAUCUGUUUCUUCCGCACCUGAUUUAGUAUCAUUUUCCUUUGCAAUUGAUGGGUGUGUUCUGAAGAACAUGGAUUAGCUUGAAAUUUUUGUGCUUUUUUGGUGUAUUUCGAUCCAAAUUUUAUUUACAUGGAUACUG